AUGGCUUCGGUCUUCCACUGUCUACUCCAGCAGGGUUUGGAGCCCCGGUUUCUUUCCCCCCAGAGUAGCUUCGGCGAUCCCUGUAUACCACCAGGGCUUAGAGACCCUGGGCCCUCUCCACCACCGGGUGCCUUUGCCAACGUGGUUUUGCUAGCUCCAGCCAAGGUUUCUCCUCCACGACCGCAUGCCUUCGACAACGUGUCUUCAAAAGCAGGGUUUGGAGCCCCUGAAUCCUCUCUUGACGAUAAUCCAUUACCGGUUUCUCAAGGCAAUAAUGGCUUCAGCAGUGCUCCACUACCUGCUAAACCCAAACCUUCUUUUGAUAAUAUAUCUCAGGGGGCAUUGGGGUUUGGAACUACAUGUCCUUCAUCUCAGACUUCAUCUAAGUCCUCUCCAGGCUUGGUGAGCACUGAAGCUCGGGGUGACAAUAGCACUAAGGAUAGAUGA